UUGAUAAGAUUCCACUUUUCAUGAAAGAAGCUCCAGAGAAUAUUGAAGAUUUUCCCGAGCUUCAAGCUUUCCAGCAAAUCAAGUAUGCCUCCGAGGAGAGUACAAAGGAAGAUAAUGCGUUGACUCACAAGAAUGACGGUAAUCAGUGGUUUAAGAAGAAGAUGUACAAACCAGCCGUUACUGCCUACACCGAAGGUCUCGAUCAGAAAUGUGCUGAUAAAGAAAUCAACGCUGUCCUCUACACAAACCGUGCUGCAGCUCAUUAUCAUCUUGGUAAUCACAGGUCUUCAUUAAAUGAUGCCAAAGAGGCAUUGAAUCUUAAACCUGACCAUUUAAAGGCCCUCAACAGGACCAUUGACUGCUGUAUGCAACUCAAAGAAUACGGAGAAGCCAUCCAAUGGUGCGACAAGGCUCUUCAAAUCUAUUCCAGUGAUAAGAAAAUUCAGGAUCUUAGGAUACAAGCAUCAAAACUCAAGAAAUCAGCAGACAAAGAGAAGAGAAAGAAACAGCUAGAGGAGAAGAAGCAGAGGGCUGCGGAAGAGAAACUCAUCGCAGCUUUGAAAGUCCGGAAUCUUCGCUUUGUGAGUGACCCCGUCGAGGGGCAAGACGGGGAGCCUGAAGAACAAGCCAAGGCGUUUGUAACCUCGCUGGUAUCCAACGAACCCUCCGGGCGUCAUAUGGUCAGCCUGGACGAUGAGGGCGUGCUUCAAUGGCCCGUUAGGUUUCUGUAUCCAGAGCAUGGCCACAGCGACCUCAUCUCAGCAUUCAAUGAAGAUACAAGGUUUAUAGACCACCUAGAGGUGAUGUUUUCAUCGAAGGAAGCCCCUCCUGAAUGGGACCAAGAAAGAAAAUACCAGGUCACUAAUUUAAAGGUGUAUUUUGAGGAUUAUGACGAGAGAAAGCUUGUUGAAUUGAAUGCAGAUCUAACCUUGAAAGCAGGAUUGCAACAUCCAAGGUAUCAUAUAGUGGGUGGAGUUCCUACUUUCUUUGUCCUUUCGACUGCAACACCUUAUCAUGAACAGUUCUUAAAGAAGUACUAAAGCGAGGCAUGUUUUCCCACAUGAAAUGCUUAUUACCAUGAAUGUCCAGAUCGAUGGUAGUUUCCAACAUUCCUCAUCAUUUUAAGAGUAACGGCACUUUCUUUGAGAAGUACUCCAAAUGAGGCAUGUCAUGUAACAUUGACAUCAUAUAAACUAUGAAGAAAACAAACAAUGACGAGGACAACAUUGACAAAGAUGAAGAUUAAGGAGAAGAAAGAAAGAAGAAGAGGAUAAAAUAAAAAAGAAGAAGGAAGAGGAGGAGGAAAAGGAAGAAGAUGAGGGGCCCCUCCCGUCAGAACAAAAAUCUUUGUCGAAAAUUGGUGAAUCAAAAUGGCAGUUUAGUCUUUGUUUCUGGAAAAAUGAUAGACAUUUGCAAUUUUUCAUCAGCUCCGAAACUAGGACAAAACUGCUGUUCCAAAUCACCAAUUUUUGACAAAUACUUCUUAGUUGUUCUUUGUCAUUUGAUGGGCAUUUGACAACACAUGUACACUGUUCUUGUAGCCUUUGUACAUUGCUUAGAGAAAAAUCCCUAUUGAUAAGGGUCAUGAGCAAAGGGGAAUGGUGAUUGUAUAUCACGAGAAAUAAUAUUUAUAUAAUAUUGACUGGCCUUGAGGGGAACAUCAAAUAUAUUGCCAGUGAAAGAAUCAUAUUGGCCUUUAGACGAGGGCAAUAUAUUUUAUGUUUCCCCAAAGAAGAGUCAGUCAAUAUUUUUAUUAUCAUCCAAAUCAGAUAUCUAGAGCAAAAAUCAUGAUAAUGGUGAUAUUUCUGUUAAGAAUAGAGUUCUAUUGUGUCAUGUUAAUAUCAGGGUCUAGGCUCUGCACUUUACCAUUAUGAUGUACUUGCAAGCGCCUGGAUCCAGCGUUUUCUUUAUAAUAACGUAUAUUGUUGGUGCGCCGAUCAUUAUGAUGUGAGACCAGGGAAAAUAAGUAUAUUUUGCGUCGUCUCUGCAUGCAAAGUCAAUACGCGCAUAUAGAGACAGAGGAAAAUACAAACAAUAUACCUAUCUCUUCCAGAUAUUCAGAAAAUAUAGGACAAUACGGUUUUGUAAAUGACCAGCUCAUGUCUGAUACGGGUAAUAAUUGACUCUAUUAGUGAUAACACCCAUGAUGAUAACAGAAGUGAUAAUGUUGUAUAUGACACCUCCUGUUUUGUCUAAAAGGAUGACUCAGGUGUAUAAUUAAAAAAAACAAUUAGGUUCAUACUCUUACUCAAAAGAGAAACAAAUAAUGCAAAAAGUAAUUACUAGAGCAGAUAAAGCAAUUGUUUUAUUUGCAAUAUUACAUCUUGAUUAUGUACAUUUUACAACAUAUAUAUAUUCAUCAGUUUAUUCCAUGGUACUAUAUGUACAGUCAGGCACAUUUUAAUGACGAACACAAGAACAUGCAUGUAUAAUUGUUUAAACAUAUCCCUAUUGAUAUGGUUAUGUAAUACUUUCAGUAAAGUAUUGAUGAAGCAGGAAUAACAUUUUACUAUUGAAAUGAAGCAUGUGGAGAUACAAUUUUAUAAUUGUACAUGAUUUCAAUAAAACCUCAAAUAAAACAUAUAUAAAUGAA